AUGGCGUCUUUUGUGGAAGACCUGUGGUCGAGCAUUUUUACCCCCGGACCCACCCCAACCCUUUUGAUCGCGACCAACGUCGCCUUUGCCGCCCUUCAGGCUAUCUUCUUCGCCCUCCUCCUCGCCACCUACAGCCUUCACUUCGUUGCCUUGUCCAUCAUCAGCGGAGGACUAUGGUACGCUAUCAACUGGUUCGCCGCUGAGGUGAAACUCGCCCAACAAGCGCAGGAAGCCGAAAAGAAGGAGCAGGAGAAGGAGAAGGCUCGCCUGUCCGACACGGAUAGUGAAACGGAGACCGAAGCAGCCAAGGAGGUCAAGGCUACUGUCACGGGGAGUUCGACGCAUCUACAGCCUGGGACGGAUUCCAAGAAACGACCCAGCACCGGCGGGGAUGGCUCGGGCUAUGGAAGCACCGAUAGCGAGUGGGAGAAGGUGGACGACCAGUGA